GCUGCAGAACAGAUCAAAGCCAGGUGCAGGAGGGCGGAUUGCUGUACACGUGUCAUUGUAAUCUUACGUGGCAAGCGGUGGGUUUUUCCCAAAUGCAACGUGUGAGGACGCAGUUGCAUGAAGUCAUGCACUAAAAAGCUAAGGUUGCUCCUUUAAAUGCUAGGGAAGUAGGAAGGGAAUAUCUCAUAUUCUCAUUUCUGAUUUGUAUCCAAUCCUCUAAUAAUAUUGUAAAAAUGUCUGCUCAUGUACGUGACGAGCAUGGCAAUCCAAUUCAGCUAACGGACCAGUAUGGAAACCCCGUAUACCUCACCAACGAGCGCGGCCGUCCGAUGCACCUCACCGGUGUUGCCACUGCCGUCGGCUCCGACAACGUCGUAGUAACUCAUGAGUACGACACUGCAGUAAUCAAACAGCGCCCGGAAGAACCGUACCAACAGCACCAACUUAACCGCUCCGGCAGUUCAAGCUCUAGCUCGUCUGAAGACGACGGGCAAGGCGGAAGAAGAAAGAAGAAAGGGCUGACGGAGAAGAUAAAGGAAAAGCUGCCGAGGAAGAACAAAGAACAUCAGCAUAAGGAGGAGCAUGCACACGCGGCUACAGCUACAGAUACAGUGACCCACGGCGGCGCAACCUUCACUACUACCGGAGGGCAUCACCCGGAGAAGAAGAGUGUGGUGGAGAAGAUCAAAGAGAAACUGCCUGGCUAUCAUCACUAAUUACUAUAAGUAGUUAUCUUCAGAUCAUCAUCAUAUAAUAAUAUAAUAUAUUAUAAUAAUAGAAAUAACAUAAAAGUUGUGCUGUUAAGUUAAUUAUAUAUUUCUGUGAGUUCUAGACGUUAAUUGCUUUAA